ACAGCUCUGACAAGGGAGAAAGAAGUUUACCAUAAAAAAAUCAAGAAAAUAAAAAAGCUUGAGAGAGAGAGAGAGGGGCUCAUAUAAACAAAACCCCAUUAUCAUAUAUAUUGACAAAAAUAUUUAAUGCAAGAAAAAGUAAAAGGUUCUUGUGUUCUGUUGAGAACUGAAGGAAAAAAAGCUAAAGACAAAUACAUAGGGCAGGGAGGGACGGGGAGUUUGUGUGUACUUAAAGGGGAAAAAAGAGAGGAAAAACUAGUUAUAGAUUUCUGUUUUGUUUUGGGUAGGAACACCCUUCCCUCUCUUUCUUUUGGCCCAUCACCAUCAUUGUCCUAUUUUGUACAGCUUUUUGGUAUUACUAUCUUCCAUUCUUUAUCCGUUUCUCCGAUUCUUGUUCUGAUCCAGCGCCAUUGAAUCUCUCUCUUUCUCUUGUUUUGCCAUCUGGGUUUUGUCUGAAAGGCUUAAAGAACACAUCUUUUAAUUGAAGUACUCAUAAAAAUCCUAACUUUCUCUCUUUUUUUGUGAUCUCUGUGUUGGGUGCUUUUUGUUUGGUACAUGAUGGCUGUAGACGACCAAAGGGGUGGUAAUUCAGUUAAUGAAAAAAAGUUUCCUGUUGGAAUGCGUAUUCUAGCUGUUGAUGAUGACCCAAUUUGCCUCAAAGUUUUGGAGAAUUUGCUUCGUAAAUGCCAGUAUGAGGUUACAACUACCAAUCAAGCAGUCACUGCGCUGGAAAUGUUGAGAGAAAACAGAAACAAGUAUGACUUGGUUAUCAGUGACGUUAACAUGCCAGACAUGGAUGGCUUUAAGCUCCUUGAACUCGUGGGGCUCGAAAUGGACCUACCUGUCAUAAUGUUAUCAUCUCAUGGUGAUAAAGAGUUUGUAUACAAGGGCGUUACACAUGGUGCUGUUGACUAUUUGCUAAAACCUGUUCGAAUGGAGGAGCUCAAAAACAUAUGGCAACACGUAAUCAGGAGAAAGAAAUGGUAUCCCGAGGACCAAAACAGGUCCCCAAAUCAAGACAAGGGUGAUGACGGAGCUGGAGAAGGGGAACAAGGAGUGACAUCAACUGGUAGUGCGGAUCAAAAUGGAAAACUAAAUAGGAAACGUAAGGACCAAGAUGAUGAGGAUGAAGAAGAGGGUGAAGAUGGAGAUGAUAAUGAGGUAUCUGGGAAUCAGAAGAAGCCUCGAGUUGUCUGGUCUGUUGAUUUGCAUCAGAAGUUUGUCGCCGCUGUUAAUCAAAUGGGUCUUGACAAGGCUGUUCCAAAGAAAAUACUUGACCUGAUGAAUGUUGAUGGCCUUACAAGGGAAAACGUGGCAAGUCAUUUGCAGAAAUUUAGGCUUUACCUGAAAAGACUAAGUAGUGGAGGAAACCAGCAAGGCAACAUGGUUUCUGCAUUCGGUGCUAAAGACUCAUCUUACUUGCAAAUGAGUUCAGUUGAUGGAUUUGGAGAUUUUCGCUCUAUGCAUGGACCAGGAAGGCUUUCAACCACUUCUCUUUCAUCAUAUCCAUCUGGGACUUUUCUUGGUAGAUUGAACUCUCCUGGGGGUUUAACCUUGCAGGGAAUAGCUUCUUCUGGGCUGCACCAGCCAGGUCUCUUACCAACAAACCAGGGUACAAAUUUAUUUCAAGGGAUUUCAUCAGCACUGGAGCCCAAGCAACUACAAAUGAAGUCCAUUAACCAUAUUGGAGAGUUUAAUCAGAAAGGUGAUACAGCAGGUUUUACACUUGCAAGUUGCUUCCCAGAUGUCAAAGUGACUAUUGGUAGCUUGAGCAACACCAUAUCUGGUGCCACAAGCAGCCCUCCGAUAUUACAAGCGAACCCACAACAAAAUCAUAAUAGAGGAUCAUUGGUGACUCAAUCUUCUCUAAGCAUGCCUUCAUUGAAUCAGGAGUCUUUUGAUGUUGGUGUCCAGGGCUCUUCAAAUUUUCUGAAUCAUAGUAGAUGUGAUGAUAACUGGCAGGGUGCAGUUCAAUUGUCCACUUUUCCUUCUUUGCCAAUCGGUGAACCUUUCCGACAUGAUCAAUUACCUUCCAGUACCUUGAGAGGCAAUAUAUCUUCCACUACCUGUCACAUUGUUAAUAGCCCCAUCGAUUUUUCCUCUACGGGUUCUCUCACAGCACCUUUAGAAGAUUCCAGAGUAGACAUGCAAGGACAAACAGACUUUAUUGGUAAUAUUUUUCAGAAUACAACAAAUUACAUUUCAAAGAACAGAUGGGAAGAAAAUAGCCAAAACUAUAAUCCUGGUCUAAAUGGUUCAUUCGGUGCCAUGAAUUCCCUGGUUUCUGGCAAUGGUUCCAGUGGUGCAUUGAACCAGAGUAUGGACCAAAGGAAACGGUUUGGCGCAUCUAUGAUUGGUCAAUCAAACAGUGGGACUCUAUCCAUGUUUCAGCAUCCUGAUGUUGAGAAUUUUGCUUUGGAUCCAAAAAUGAGGUCUAACGAGGAUGUUAUCUUGGCACAAACAAAGUCCCAGAAUGGUUUCGUUCAAAAUAAUUAUGAGUCUUUGGAUGAUAUAAUGAAUGAAAUGAUCAAACAGGUACGGGAAUAUUUUUUUUGCUUUAUCCAUCUCAAUUACAAACUUCAUAUGCGUUCUUUUCAGCUUUUCCAGUCACCAUUUCAAGUUUUCGUGCUCUAAAGAAGUUAGGAAACUUUUUUUAAUUGACUCUUUUGCUUCUUUUUGGUAAAAACUAUAAAAGCUCAAGACGAUGACAACAUAGAUAACCUUUAUUAUCCAGUUGAUAAAAUGUGAGUUGGUUGUGGUUGCACGUAUUUACGUUCUUGUUUGGAUUCUUUGUUGUGAUAGACAGACUAUGUUAUUCAUAUCAAUUAGCUACUUCCAUUUCACAAGUAAUAAUUAUGUGAUGGGUAGGCUUUUUCUUAGUCUCCAUUUAUUAAAAAAAAAAAAAAAUCAUGCUACCUUGCAAACAUUUGUAGUGACUGAAAGGCGAAUGAAAGAGAGGAGAGAACGCAAGUGUGUAUAAUCGAAAAUCAUUAUAUCCUAUUCGAUAGAUAGAACUCAAAGCCAACUUGUAUGCAUAAUGAUAAAGGGAAUGGUGAAUCAUUUCUGUAGCCAAACUCCCUAUUAUUACUGUUCCUGUGAAAGUUUUGAAUUAGUAGCUGCUUGUUUCA